CCGCGCUUUCUACAAACAGCCACCCGCUUUCAUCGCCCGUGACUGCACGAACUUUUUGUUUUUUUCUGAUAAGACGGACUUUGCCAGCAGGGACGAUCAGGAAACCUGAGAAUAUUCGUGUUCAUUACGAACAGCACAAUGGAAACGGUCAUUUUCUUGACAACAUUUAAAUUGUGUUAAAUAGACAAACCACGCGUGGAACUAAGCAGUCUUGUGGCCUUCAGUUUUGUGUGUCAAGGGAUGUGACCUUCGUGCUCGGGGCACGUUGUUCUUUCACCAUCUUGACUGAAAAAUCUGCCUGUCCGAGUUCUUGUUGACUACAUUGACUACAUACAAGGCCAGAAAUGAGCUGAGCACCAGAACAAUUAGCUUCUGGAAGCGACUGGCGACCAGCAGACCAGCAGACCAUCCAUGACGUCAUGGCCCUGGAGGGUCUGCAGGAGGAGCUGGAGUUUCUCACCGGACGUUACGCCAUGCGCCGUCGACCCGUGCACGGUCACCUGUUCUCGAAGCCCACCUCGUCCAGGUCGCACAGACCCACGCUGGACGACAUCAGCAUCGCUGGCACCAAGAUGACUUUGCCCAAGCAGAAGUCCUUCCCCGCCUUUUGGCCGGAUGGCCUCCCGCACACGUCACCUCCACUGAGCUCCACCAGCGCUCGUUCGUCAUCUGAUGCCGAGCAACAAGUUUCUGCCCAUCAUUUCAUGAACUUCGUCAGCUCUCCACCACGUGUGAGGCAUCUCAUUGCAUCAAAAGAGGGUAAGUACACUAAGUACACACAGCCCGCCACCUGCAGCAGGUGUUCAUGCCAACGCUUUGAAGGUCACAUGCAUUCCUUUGAUCAUCGCCGACUUGUAAUGAAAGCUUUGAGGGGUUUGGACCGACGACACGAGGACGACGAUGUGGCCUACCUCGGGAGGUCGCACAGGGCCUACACAUCGCCCCUCCUCCACCCGCAAGACGCAUCCCACUCCAGAUCCCUCCACCUGCAGCUGCCACGGACAGUGAGUGGCUCACCGCGCCCUCUGCUGGCCGCACAGCUGCGAGAGGCGCCGGCGAUGGUGUGGGAGGAGGAGGAGGAGCUGGAGGAGUACGAGGAGGCUCAGGCCCAGGAGGUGUGUGUGCGGGAGAUGGUGAUCAGUGUUCAGCAGCCCGCCGCGGCACGUGACUCAGUGGGAGAAGCUGUCGUCGUUAGGACUCAACGCCAGUCGGACGACGCACCUGACGAGGAAGGCGAUGCGGCGUCGUCGCCACCGACAUCGCCAGAGGAGGACGUUUCAGAAGACAAAGCUCUCUGCCUGGCCCCUGAAACAAGGACCACUGGAACUGGUGCGGACAUGUUGUUAGUGCUAGUCCACCCGUGCUACGCACCCAGGGACAUGGUGGUUCCCUCUUCGCCGCACCCAGACCUACACCUGGACCUGAGGGCGAAGUCUGGCAGCCAGACAUACUACACACAUUUAGCCCCGCCCCUGCACCAGGAGGACCUCCAGGACGAUAAGCGAGAGGCGACGAAGAUGCCAGCACUUCCUAUUUCCCCCUCAUGCCUCCCUCCACUAGCCCAAGCCGAGGCCACUGUACAAAAACAAUCGAAAACUAAGCUGAAGACAGGAGCAAAAGCAAAGAGCAAAAGUACAGUACAGCCUAUAAACCAAGGAGACAAGCCCGCCACCAAGCCGACCAAAGCACAAGCAUCGCCAGAUAAGGCAGCCAAGCAGCCCGUGGCACUCAAACCACUUGCCAGGUCAACAAACCACUUGCCGGUCAAGACGACCAAACCUCUGAAGCAGGUCAUCUCGCCCAAAGCCAAAGCAGCUGAUCGCAGGGGCAAAAAGGCUGUUGCCAAGACGACAUCGAAGACCAUGGUGAUGGGAAAACUGAAGGAACACAGGCCUGCAUCAGAAGAGCCUGUAGACAAACCCAAGCCUCUGCCUAUCUCCUUGCCAGAAGACAUGGAGACUGGUACCGACACUCAGGUGUCACCGGAGCCACCCAAGUCGCGCUCACCCACCAGAAAAAAGGAGAAAGUGAUUGCACCACCACCCCAGCAGCUGACAGCCCUCCCUGACACUGUUGCCCCUCCUAAAGUUGUGGAGGUGGAACUCACCAAGCGAUCGUCGUGGAUAUUCGGUGAAAACGACGAUGACGACAAAGAGGAAAGAGAUGGCGAAAACCUCCACGAAAACCCAGAGGACCCCCCUGUGAAGGUGGACCUGCCGGACCUGCCCUCCACCCUGCCUGUGACAUCCCAGCGCGGAGCACGUGCAACCCUCGCGGCGGGCGCACCCUGUUCUGUGUGCCCAUAGCCGCCCUCACCUCCAAGCAGCGGUGGGGACGGAGGCAGCGGGACACCUCCCUGCAGGAGGAGGAGGAACGAGCCCGCCUGGGCGAGGAGCGACGCCGCCGCCACCAGAAUGUUCUGGACAGGCGCAAGGCUCACGCCAGGCUCGGG